AUGCAAAGAAUCAUUGAUCCAAAAUAUCAAUGGACUGGUCCUGUAGGACGAAUAACUCAAGAAUCUCAAAGAUUAGUUUUAAAUAGUGAUGGUAGCUUGGAGAUUUAUAAAAUUAAAGGCAGUGAUGCUGGGAGUUAUACUUGCAAAGCAAAUUAUAUGUACAAUAAUGAACAGCUGACUACAGAAAUCCAUUUUAUGGUCUAUGUAUAUCAUGUGCCAGAAAGGAGUAUAUACAUGACAUCAGAAUUCACAAGUGGAACCUGUGAAACAAGCACAGAGGCCUCAUUUAUAAAAUAUCUCUUAGAGAAAUUAGAGAGCUUAAUUUAUAAGCUUAAUUGUGAAAUCAAGCAAUGGAAUACCCAGUGUCAUACUGCUACAGACACAUUGAAAAAAAUAACACAUAAAUUUACCUUUCAGUUCAUAGUGUUUCCUCUUAUACUAGAUUCAGCAGAUUUUUGUCAAAAUUCUCAUUGUCAACAUUCCACAAGCAGCAUCAGAAAGGCAUAUGACAAAAUCAAGCAGUUCUUUGAAGUCCUAAACACAGAUCCCUUUCCUGGUGAUCUUUUAAGUUAUAUUCCUGGUACUCUAUCUGGUGUUAAAGUAGAUCAUUGCAAACCAGGGUUUGGGAAAAACACAAGUACCAUGAACAACAAUACAAUAUGUCCAGGAUGCUGUGUGACAUGUCCACCAGGUAGAUUCAGUGCAAAAUAUGGAACAACCUGUAUUUUGUGUCCUGCUGGAUCCUAUAAUGGAAAAUAUGGCCAGGUGGCUUGUGAAAAUUGUCCAAAAAACCAAAGCAGUGAUAGAAAAGGUGCAGUCACAGAAAACAAAUGUCACAGUAAGUUACUGAAUACAAUGUGUAUGGAUUCAACUUUCUUUUAUUGGUGAAUUAUAUUCAAAUAGACCAAAACAAAUUAGCUGGAGGUGUUAAAGCAAUUGUGGAGCAUAUUGGAACUAACUGGUCCUCAUAACAGAUUUUUUAAUCAAAUACUUAAUUCAGCUUUGAUUUUCAUAUAAGCUAUUUUUCUUACUCUUUGUGUAUCAAAUCUUUCAAGGCAUUUGCUAUAUAUUCCUUGAGGGAAAUAAUCAGGCGAAAAGCAUAAAAUAUAAGAAAUGUUGGAAAAUAUUUGUACUUAGGUGGUAGAUGUUGGUGGUGGUUUGUUCUCUGAGCUUGUUGUUUAGUUUUCGAAUGUUUCUUCAUCAGCUGAGUUAACAUCAUCAUCCUCACAGUGCAAUCUGUUAUCUUAAUAUUUGAGCAGCUUACGGCCAUGAAAUAUGAAUUGAAGGUGGGAAGAAAUCAAGGGUAAAGUUUAAGAUUUUGCAAGACACUCGAGA